AAGUCUUUUUCAAGAAAGAUUCAAAUGUGAUUUAUGGGUGUGAGGAUUUCUGAGAAGAUGAAAGUUAAGGGCUUUAAGGGAAAUUUAACGAAGCGAGUGAAGAAGAAGAUAGUACCUACGGAGAACGUAAGGGCAAACUCUGACCGAUUAUUUGAUCAAUCUCAGGACCUUUCUAAGCAUGAGAUUUCAAACACUUCCUCGGAAUUCGGUUUUCUUCAAGCACUAUACAGCAAAUCAUGAAUUUGUGUCUGAAUUACUGAACAGAAAGUGGACCUUGAGCUGUCCAGAUGCGAAGGUUAACCAGAUAAUGAUUUUGAACACAAAGGAAAGUCAGUCUAAUGGAGAUACUUCGUUUCGCAGUAUCAAUGAACCACGCCUAGGCGACGGUUCGAUGCAAAAGAACCAGUUGCAUCCAUCAUUCUAUGUGGUGAGGGACGACUUGCUGCAUCCAUUGGUGAAUGGCAAUAAGGCAAGGAAGUUAGAUGCAUUGCUUCCCCUGCUUGAAGAUAAUGCUGUAACCGACGUGGUUACAUGUGGUGGCUGCCAAAGCGCGCACGCUGCUGCUGUCGCUGUGUCGUGUUCCGAGAGGGGAUUGAAGUCACACUUACUUCUUCGAGGGGAAGAGCCGAAAACUCUCACUGGCUACAAUCUUGUUUCGAAAUUAUAUGGAAAUGUCGUUUAUGUUCCAAGAUCUGUGUAUGCUGAAAGAGAAGAAAUGCUUGCAAGGCAUGCCGAGUUGGUAGCUGGCGAUAAAGGAUCCGUUGUAAGGCUUGUCGAUAUUUUGGAGGCUUCGUUUAGAAAUUGCAAUUCUGGAAAAUCGAACAUUGUAGAAGCAGAUCGUGGCGAAUGUUCUGAGGAGGUGAAGAAAGUUGUUGUCGUGAAUGAAGGUGCAGGGGAUGCUGUGGCUCUGCUAGGUGUGAUGCGAUUGAUACAAUAUUUGUCGCGGAAAGAUGUGUUUGGAACUAUGCGGAAGUUGAAUAUAAUUGUCGAUGCUGGCACUGGGACGACGGCUGUUGGUUUGGCUCUUGGAGCUCUAUGUUUAGGGCUGCCGUGGAAGAUCACAGCCGUAAUGCUGGCUGAUACGAUCGAAAGGUACAAGGAAAGAGAACAAAAUUUGAUAUCCGAAUUACUCGGAAUAUCUCCGACUUUGAGUGAACGACAAACCGGGAUUGUGCAAUGGGUCGAGCGCCGUGUCCCGAGAAAGUUUGGUAAUGUGUUGAAAGGUGAAGUUGCGGAAUGCCAAAAAAUAGCGCGGGAAACGGGUGUUCUUGUCGAUCCUAUAUACACGUUGGCUGCUUGGGAUGUCGCGGCUCAACUGGCGGAGAAAGAGUCGGAUGUGGCGAUGGUGCACACCGGAGGGACGUUGGGGAUGUUCGGAGUGGCGCAGCGCUACAGCGCAUACUUUCGGUGACGUCGAUGGUAGAAUGAAUUCUCAACUUGCUUUGUUCAAAACGGACAAUAUCGUACUAACGUGAAAUUUGUUUGUUUGUUUGUGUUAGAAAGGUUUAUUCAAUUAUUGAGAAUGUUCGAAUGCAUUAAGAUCGAUUAGAAAUUGAGAAUUGGGGAUUGUUGUGUAGUGUAGCUUUGUUGUUCUAACUUAAUUCAAUUGGGACUGUGUG